AUGUUCCCUAUACUGUUUCUCAUGGAGCGCCAGAUUAAUACAGACUGGAGCCAGUUCUGGUCUGAGAAUAUGUUUUUAACAGCUUGCGAAAUAUGUCAGUUGGUAGCUGAUAAAUACAGAAAAGGACAAAUUGAUGAUUUAAUUCCUGUUAAUGACACAGAAUGCAGUAAAGAAUCAACCCAAAAUCCAUACUGCGGUCUAGUUAAAAACAUAACUAAAGAUCUUAACGCUACAUUUCCAGACGAAAUUCCAAAGAAUGCUUGUGAAACAAUUACCCCAUGCAUUUAUUCCUCAAAAGAGUUUUCUGGACCACUCUGCUAUUCAUGCAGACUAUUCUACCAUAUCUAUCACUCAAUCAACGUUACAGAUAAAGUUGCACACAUGAAAAAGCUCUGUAUUACUUCUCGUUCUACUUUCGCUGACUUAUGCAGUGGCCUUGAGUUUUCAAGUACCCAGAAAUUCUGGACCAACUUAGAAAAAUCUAAAAACUCUCUUCAGCAAUGCCGUCCAUUCUGCCACAGGCCAGGAGAAAGGCCAAUGAAGCAAAGAAGACCACAUAGAGGCAGCCAGGAAUUAUAA